AUGAUAAUAUAAAUAAUUUUGUUAAGUGUAGUAUAUGCAUAAUUAGGUUAUGUAUAGGAAGUGAUGAAUUAAUUAGUUGAUUAAGAAUGCAGUUUGAAAAAUAGAAUUGCUUAUGGUUAAUAAAAGCUUCAUAAUUUGUAAGGAAUGUAUUUUUGUGAUUCAUAUGCAAAAAGAACAUGUUGUAGCUAAUAAAAUUUAGAAGAAUUAAAAUAUAAGUAGAUUAUAUUAGUAUAUUAUAGAUGGUAUAGAGAAUAGUAAUAAGCUGUUGAACUUAGUCAGUAAUGUUAAGAAAUAUUUACUAAGACUAUUUGUUCAGAUUGUGAUGGUGAUAUUGGAUAAUAAAUUAGAUUUGGAUUCUGUCCUCAUUAUUGCAAUUAAAUGUAUUAAUCCUGUUGGAGAGACUUAUUCUAAUAUGAUGAAAAAACUUAGAAAUUGAGACUUUGUUAUUAAGUAAGAACAUUAAUAAUUCUAGAAUGACGUGUUAUGUUCUGAAUUAAGAAAUAUUGUAAAUAAUGGAGAUCAAUUUUGUACAUCAUUAGGAUACAAAGUGAAUUCAUAUUCAAAUAGAGAUGAGUGGAUAGAAAAUAAGUAUUUGAAUCUAACUACAACACCAUUAUGUUGGGAUGGAACUCCUUCUCAUAGAAUUUGGAGUUCUGAAACCAAAUUACCAUAAACAAAAGUGAAUUAAAAGAAUAACAAAUAAAGUUUCAAUGAUCAAUAAAAAUCAUAUUAUAGACUUUACAUUUUUGCUGGUAUAAUUUUAGUAAUUGGAUUCUUUAUUGUUGUUAAAACAUUUUUAAAGAAAUGA